CUGGCAAAAAGCUGCAAAGGAAUCCAGAUGAUAAUCACCGGGGAGUGGAUGUUGGGACAUUGUAAAACUUACGCGAGACGGAUUUUUUUUUUUUUCUUCUGAUUUUAUUCACUUGUUACAAAAGUCAUGCAAACAAAUCCCCAACGAGGAGGAGUUUGCUAUAAAUUUAACUCCACCUCAUCUCCCCUCCCCCCUCCCUCCACACACCUCUUUCCCUCCUCCCUUCUUCUCCUUUUGGUGUUUAAAUUUUAAACCCACAUCAGCAAUUACACCCAGUGAAGCACACAAACCACACCAGUGCCAAAGUCUCACAGCGAUAGGCGCCGAGCCAACAGUGACAUCAGGCCUCCACAGCUGAUGUCAUUGGUGGCAGAGGUGAAGAGUUUUUUUUUUUUUUCUCCUGGUCCUUCGUCGUGUACGAGCUUCACCAGAGUUGACCCUAGAAGCCCCGCCCGGCCUUAACAGAGUUACCACUGUUUGAAUCGAGGCUGGUGUUUAUGUGACACCAGAUCAGAUGGAGCAGUGAUUGAUUUGUGUGAUAGUGCGUCCUGCCCCGGAGCGACAUUUCAUUACUACUACUACUGCAGGUUUACUGCCUGUUUCAUCCUGCUGGAGUAUAAAGAUAUGCACGUGUGUCGAUUAGGUGUUGAUGGGAACGCAAAGCCUUGCAAAAGUGCUCAAACGUAGUGAUUUGUGUCAUAUUUCAACCACAAACUCCAAUCUAUUUGGAUUUAAUGGGAUUCACCAACAUUGACUCCCAACAGGUAAGGAUGUCAAAGUCCAGACAAAGCUAUAAUUGAGGAUCUCUCUGCCAGGUCUUUAUGGGGUUACCUCCUCUCAAAAACAAGCAGCUAAAUGUGGGGUGCUCGCACGCCACACUGUUCAGAUUUCCACCUUUUAAAAAAAAAAAAAGAAAAAAAAAAAGCUCCCUCCGCUCCAAACUUCUGCACUACUUCUCUGCUCUGCAGUUGUUCCCACUGCCGCGCAUGGGCGGUGCUCCAGCCUGACGAAUCGCUUCUCUGUUUAAAUAGUCAAGUUUCCUCCUUCGCUCACAUCUCUCUUUAACGCCAUGUUGGCUGUUAUGGCUUGACUUGUUUUCAUCAGACUUUUUACUACGAACCUGACAGGAGUGGUAGCGUGAAGAGAAAAAAAAAGAAGAAAAAAACACCCCCCCUUCCUGGAGACCAUUCGGUUUUUUAUUGAGGCGUAAUUUGGAUGAUAGGCGCUGAGGAUGCGUGCGUCGUUCGUGUGACUUUGUAUUUGGAGGGAAUACUACUUUGGAAUAGCAGUUUUUAAAGGGACCGACACCUUGUUGUUUUUUUCAUUUUCUUUCCUUUCGCUGCGGUUUUUUUUUUUUUUUUUUUUCCCCCCUUCUCUCUCGUCAUAUGUGCAACAACAUGUCAGACGUUCGCCUCUCUAACGCGAGCCCCACGGUGGAGCGGGUGGACGCGCGGCCGCUGGACAACGCCAGGUCGGUCCGCAGGGUGCUGUUCGGCACACCUGAUCCGGAGGAGACGCGGAAGCAAGCGGAGGCUCUGCAGCGGCAGUCCGUGGAGGCUUUUAGGGACAGGUACAACUUCGACCCGGUGGAAGACAGGCCGCUCUCUCCGGGGCUUUACGACUGGCAGGAGGACGAAGACGCGCCGGAGUUUUACCGCAGGCCACCCCGGUGGAGCCAGCCGCCCCGGGGAGAGGCAGGCGAAGGCAGCCGGGAGACGAGGAGGGAGAGGCGGUCGGCUCACACUAACGGUUCGCGGAAACGAUCUUCAAAAUCUGCAGGUCAUUGCUCUGACGAUUGCACGAGUAACGGCAAAAAGUCGCAUUCCGACAAAGACGACGAUGAAGAGCAGGCGCUCGGUGCAGGAAGCCAGGCAGAGCAGCAGCAGGAGGAGGAGGAGGUCCCAUGCUGAACGGUGCCAGAGCGCUGAGACCUGCCGCUGUAGGCUGCCUCACCAUCUGACGGAAGACGCGGAAUAAAAACAAAGCAGCUUUAUCGGAAAGAAGGGAGGAGGCUCAGAAGGCUGCACAAGCACUGAAUAUGUACACUAUUGACUUUUGGCACUCAUAUUUUUUCUAUUAUAAAAUUGCCUCAAAAGCAGCAGACAAUGUAGCAGUGUGCAAAUUGAAUUUUGCUCAUAUUUUUUAUAUAUAUAUAUAUCAAAAAAUAUAUAAAUAUAUAUAUAUAUAUCUACUACCUAUGUUUCAGAUGUAGCAAAUAAUUGGUUUUCAUACCUUUUUUGUGUAAAUGUGUGUACGUGUGAGUUUGACUCAAGGAGUUGCAGUGCAAUUCCCAUCAGAGAAAUUUGAAAGUUAUUUAGUAUAAAACAAAAAUGCUAAUUUGUGUCAUUAUUCAGGUAUUUCAUGUAAGUUUUUUAUUAUUAUUAUUAUUAUUAUUAGAGAGAGAGAGAGAGAGAGAGAG